AAAUUUUUACAUUUUCAUCAGAUGAUCUGUGUGCUUCUGUUCUGUGCUGCUUGCUGUUGUCUGGACUCUUGCUAUAGUUGCCAUAGCUGUACCAGUUUUGAAUUCUUGUACGGGUUAUACUCUUUGUGAUCGUUCUUAAUUAAAGGUUACUGAAAUUACAACUUAAUAUCGUGAGAGAAUACUAGUUAUACUCGUUUUAAGUGCUGCUGUUUCUCCUCAGGUUAUCACUUUUUAAUGAAACACUAAAUUGGUGGGACAAAGUUGAAGAGGCGUUUCCUAGAGGCUGAAAUGGUCAUGGAUGUUACUCCAACCCCCCAGUGUGUGGGAAGAGAGUUUGUGCGACAGUAUUACACGUUGCUCAACAAGGCGCCCACUCAUGUGCACAGAUUUUACAACAACAACUCAUCAUUUGUUCAUGGGGGUUUGGAAGCUUUCAAUCGAGAGGGGAAACCUGCAGUUGGCCAAAAGCAGAUUCAUCAGUGUAUCCAACAACUCAAUUUCCGAGACUGUCAUGCCAAGAUCACCCAGGUGGACUCGCAGGCCACUCUUGGCAAUGGGGUUGUAGUCCAGGUUACUGGAGAAUUGAGUAAUGGAGGACAACCCAUGCGUCGCUUCACCCAAACCUUUGUUUUGGGUGCACAAUCGCCCAAACAAUAUUAUGUACACAACGACAUCUUCCGCUACCAGGAUUUGGUGUUUGGGGACGAAGAGGCAGACGCAGAGUCCCACCAUUACGAGGCAGAUGAUGAAGAGUCGGAGCAUCCGCCUCAACCAGAGAUCUUGCAAGUGCAGGCAGUAGAGCAGCAAGCUCAGUUCUACGUGAGUGCUCCUCAAAUACCAGCUGUGAACGGGACUCCCCAUGUAGAGGAGCCUCAGGUUCCUGCCCAGCCUCUGCCACAGGCCCCGCCACCUCCUGCCCCCACCACCCCUACUUUCGAUAUCAUCUCUCAACCGCAUGUGGCCUGUGGAUAUCAGAGUGAGGAAUGUGAGCCAGAGCCAGAGGAGGAAUUUGUGUCCGAGGAGGUGCCAGAGGACAAACCGGUUGAUGACUACAACACAGUUACGGAGCAGGAUCAGCCAGCUACAGAUAAUAUUUUAUCUAAUGAGCCCAAAACUUACGCUUCCACUCUGGUCAAGUCUACUGGCGGCGGAUCAUCAAACUUCAAUACCAGUCCGAAUGCACCUUCCAAGUCUCCACCUUCACCACCGCCAUCCAUGACAAGGCUAGAGAAUCGCAACAACGAGAUAAAUACAACAGGAGGACGGGGUGGCAUUAGAUCACAGCGGGGCAUUCCCAACAUGAGAGGCAUGGGACGGGGGGGAGACAUGAACCGGCCUCCUAUGUCCAGGCCGCCUGUCGAGGAUAACAGGGACUAUGGAUACAGAGACGACCAAGGGCUCGAUGGAGAACGCAGGAGACCCAUCAACACCCAGGCUCAGUACCCUGAUGAUCAUCAGCUGUUUCUUGGCAACCUUCCCCUCAACGCCUCCGAAAAUGAUCUCAGGGAGGUUUUCAAGGAAUUUGGCAACAUCGUGGACUUGAGGAUAAUGAGCAAAUCCAACGUGAAGGGUCAGAACGGCAACAAGGUUCCCAAUUAUGGCUUCAUCAUCUUUGACAGUGUGCAGACAGUCCAGCAUGUUCUCAACUCUAGGCCAAUCUUCUUCCCUGGCGACAUGGCAGUUAAACUCAAUGUGGAGGAGAAGAAGACGAAGCCCAGGACGGACAGUGGGGGCCGUGGCGGUGCCAGGUCUGCUCCCAUGGGUAUGCGGGGCUCUCUGUCUCGUGGAGGUCAGCGUGGAGGCUUCGCUCGAGGUGGUGGUGGUUUACGGCCGGGAGCAGGAUUCUCGCAGCGUGGUGCUCCCCGCUAACCCACAUCAUCCUUCAUCUUCAGCUUAGUUUUGAAAAUUUCUAAAGAAUUUUCAUUCAGUGCACGGCGGAAGAGCAUCGUUCGUCAGAGUGUAUUGACCUCGCUAGAGUUACCUUUUUACUAACGUUGAUCCGUAAGACACCACGUUUUAUCACUGUGUUUCUUUUUCUAUUGUUUUACAAUUAUGUGUUGGAACUGUGAAAUAAUCACUAAGUGAGUCGUUUUGGCAGUGUAGGCGCUUCAACUCUGGACAUGUACAGUGAACGAUCAGCUGUGCCGAUAUCAACUAUGGUUUGUUAGUUAUUUAAAAAUAACUUAAAGUAUACUUUAGUACCUGGCUGACAGUCUUCUGAGUGAUCCGUGGGUUUCGUUCUGAGCUCAAAUAUCUGUACUUGAGACUCUUAACUUGUUCAGUUUUUAUGUGCCAAAGAAGAAACCUCAAGAUGAAAAAGAUCCAUCGCUGUUCAUUUUGCUGAUGAAUAGUUAUCGGAAACAUCAGUAUAUACAGUUUAACAUGUAAAGACAAUUAAUUAAUUAUUGCGAACACGUUAAGCAAACUUUGGUUAAUCUGUGAUUGGUUUGUAUAUUUGUAACUUAAUGGUGCAGCCGAAAAUCAUGUGUAGAUUGUUAGUGUCAAACGUCUAUUUUCUUUCCUUUUUUUUAUUCUCUUUAGUUUUCUAUAUCAGUUUAUAUUAUUAUAUUGUUUUCAUCACUAGAAUUUUCCUGUUGUAUUUGUAUUAACGAAAAAAAUACACUUCGAUUGAAUGUG